CCAUAAUUUUGGUAAUACUGAAUAAUAGAAUGUCGUUAGAGUUGGUUGGGUGGUUCCUCCGAUCUAUUUCUGUACCACGUUUAUGGGAUUAAAUAUACGAAAUGAUACUAUUGAUGAUAAUCUUUUGAUAACCGUUGACAGUACAAACAAAUCACAUUUAUCUUAUACUCGGUGCUUUAAGUUUCAAAAGGAAGAUACUGUUAGUCUAGAUAUCGAACAAUUACGAGAUUGCAAAUCAAGAAAUUAUUUAUUAAAAAAUAAUUUUAACUAAUUCCAUGAAAUAUAUUAAAAGAAAUACUUAUUAAGAUCAUAUUUAUUCUUCGAUAUUUAAACACAUACAAAUAAUAUAGUGAAAACAAACUCGUCAAUUUAAUUAUGAUUUCGCAAAGAGAAAAUGUAUGGUCUAACAUACCUAUUCGUAUGUUCAUAAAUAUGAUGUCACAUCCAGUUGAUUAUGCAAAAGUUUUAAUACAGAUUGGUCAUGAACCUAUUUCGCCACGCCAAACAGUAACAUUAUUUGGAAAACCAGCAUUAUCCUUACCUAACGUUUUUCAAUAUGUUAAAUAUAUCAAAAAUGUUGAUGGAUUUACUGGUUGUUAUCGGGGACUGGUACCUAAACUUUGUGCGUAUACCCUCAGUGCGGUAGCAUUUGAGAAAACUUCUGAAUGCAUUACAUUUAGCGAUGAACCUGACAAAAAUAAAGAUGAUGAGGAAUUAUCAGAACCAGAAAGACGUACAAGAUGUAUUAAUGAACUGAUACGGGACGUAAUUAGUAGAAUGGUGGGAAUUAUAGUGAGCCAUCCAUUGGAUGUAAUAAUGUUAAGGAUGAUGGCACAAUUUGUAGGCGGUGAAACAAAAUACAAUGGAAUUAUUAGAUCGUUUAUAGAAGUGUAUAAGGAAAAUGGAAUUGCAGGAUAUUAUGCAGGAAUAGUACCACGCCUCAUUGCAAAUGCUACAGUUUUAGUUCUUGUCAGUUCAUCGACUUAUGUCAUUAAUAAAUAUGUUAUUCAUGAUCAAGAAUUAAAAACUUAUACAGCUUCCACAAUGAAAUUUAUUGCAACAACCGUUACUUAUCCAUUUUUGGUAGUAUAUCAUUGCAUGGCGGUAAAUAACUGUGGAUUGGUUGCUGGCCUUCCUCCCAAUAUGCCAAUUUAUAAUAAUUGGUUGGAUUGUUGGUCUCAUUUAUCAAGUAUCAAUCAAUUGAAGAGAGGUAGCAGUCUUUUAUGGCGUUACUAUACAGGUCCACGAAUAAUUAUUGAGGGAAAAGCGAUACCUUUUAAUAAUGAUAUCUUUAAGGCGGAUAAAAUCCAAUAGAAAUUGAUACUUUGAUAAAUACUAAGAAGAGAGCAAUAAAAAUGAAUCCUAAAUUACAUAUGUGUUACAUUAUGGUGUUCAUUUGUAAUUUAUAAGGUAUUCUACAAUAUGACAUAAUGAAAAUCAUUUUUACUAUUGCGAUAUGUAUUCUAAUAUAAACUUUAUAUUAAAAAUCCAUCACAGAUUACAUAUGUAAAUCAUGUAUGUACAUGGUAUAUAUAUUUAAUAGGAAUACCAAUAUGCAUUCGUAAUUUAAUUGGUGACUUCUAAAAAUUAAACAAAAGUUAGAAACAUU